AUUUAGUUUCCGGCACCAGGAUCAGGAUCUGCAUGUUCUACUUCACCUAUCCGCCGUUGAUGUCGGUUAAGGUUCUUCUUUCUGUUACUUUAUAAAUGACUACAAUUAUGCAAUCUUCACUGACGACUAAAAAGACACGCAACUGAUCUUCAAUUUCGGAAAAGAUGGCUUGACAUAUGACAGUAGCACCAGUAGCCGUACCACUUCCGAUGUUGACCUAAGAGCGCAGAAUCUUGUGCUCAGCCGGGUUCACGAGGAUGUUGUUCGGCCUGAGGGACAACAUUGUCCAGGGGUUGGUUUUGAAUCCGAAGUUUGCCGAUGCAGCUAGGAAGUCAAAGGUUGGGAAAUUUUUGCUACCGAACUUCCUUGCUCGUGCAAAAACCAUAGAAAAUCAACGUCGUGAUGAUUUUAGUGUACCGCCAAUCACCCUGCUUACGCCUGAUGCGAGUCCUGCUAGAACGCGUGAGCUAGCUGGAGCUCAAGCCUUGCGUGGUAGGGAUGCAACAAGUGUUGACCUCCGUGUUCAUGGAGCAAAAGUCAGACUUGGCUGGGCGGUUCAAAAAGCACAAAAAAGCAGCGCGAAGGAGACCCUGUUCUUCAAGGAGGCUGAUCUACGAGGGUUAGAACGCGCAGCGAAAUGGAGGAAUAUUCUAUGCAUGUUGGCACGUACUCUUCUCACUCUCUAUUCGUGUAGGCACACUUCUUUUAUCACUUUUGUCAUUAGCUACAUCUCUCGUUUGUUCAGAUAUUCUUAGUCCCUAUUGACAAUAUUAGUUACAUCUCUAACUCCUGCGCCCAGCACCGCCGGUGGUAGACCAUGGGACGAGUAUCAGACCUUCAUGCGCUUGCAUGCGAAAGGGAGACUCGGUCGUUGGGUAUGGAACUGGCGUAGUGGAGGACCGCUAAAGAGAUUCGUCUCUCACGGAUUACAAAAGCUGAUUGCAGUGCCUGAAACGACAGCAACAGUAUCCGAGGAUAGACUGCUUCCGGUACCGUUGACAUUAAGGGUUACAACAACAUUGCAUCAUACCCCAUAUUAUAAGAUCUAUAUUCGAGGACCUUCUAGUACUACUACUUCCCGAUUGUAGAAAGACAGGAAUGAAUCGCAGGAAUGCAAUGGUGUAAACUCCAAUGACGAACGAAAUAGUGAAGGACAUUUUGCAGCUUUGCACAGUUCCUGAAACGCGACUGAAGGUUGCGGGUGCUCAUUCUGCUCACUUUUUCGACGAAAAAAACGGCAUCUACAAAGCAUGGAGCGAUGUCAUUCGUGCCUGUCAAGUUAUGUCGGCACUCUUAAGCGGGCUUGUUGAAAUUAGUUCGAUCUAGGUGUCCUCAUGCGAUACGUGAUGCUUCAUCAUGAGGAAAGAGAUUAGUUACAGAGUCCAAAUACUAGGUGAUAGCCAUUUUCGCUCAAGCAUAGGCAUGCACCCAUCAUGACUCCAAAUCGUCAAGACGACGAAGGAUCCACCCCAGUUUAGCUGCUCUCUAGCAGGUUAUCCUCAAGCUAGCGUUGAAACUUCGAUGAAAUGGAUUCAGAAGUUUGGUUUUAGAAGUCUUGAUUCUAAACCUGUUCUGAUAUGUUUCUUUGACAUUUGAGAGUCAUGUAACUUCCUAAGUUGAGUAGAAGUGAGAUAUUUGUUGAGUUAUUCGUUGAAUUGGAAUUCAAAUUGUCAAUUUGAAGGGAUAUCCAAGAAUUUUCAGUUAUAUUCCAUUUUAAUUGAAUUCAUUUCCUUUUUUUUUUUUUGUAUCGCGGGCGAGUUCCGAUAUAUCCAAACCUACCUGCGUAUUGUACAAGUGAGCGCAGAUAAGUCAGUACCUGCCUACAUAUUUUCCGCGUAGCUACCGGCGUAGGGGGGAGUUCUGAAUCUCCUUAACAAACUACGCUACUGCCCCUACGAUUUACCAUGUUCAAGAACUAGGAGCUUUCCUGACGAAGAGCUUUCAUCCACAAUCAAAAUUGACUCAAAUCUUCAGAUUAAACUCUAUGACUAAUCUUCGUUGUACAGGAAGCGGUUAGUCCAUAACGUCUGUACAAUAUUGUCUCUUAGCUGGUUGUCAUGAAGGAACUGCGAGAGGGACACACACAUGUCAUGCAUUAGUACCAAAUAAGUAGGCACUAUAGUAGGUGAAAAGAAGCUAAAACUUCAUAGUUUUCAUCAAGAAUAACCAUUUGAUCUUAGGAAUUCCAACAUAUGACGUCACCUUUGAUGCUCUCUCUGUCGAAUGAACCGAAAGUGAUGAGAAUGUUAUUAAGUGUGCUUCCACCAAACUUAUUAAGUGUGCUUACUUAUCGAUCUUGUACUAGUCUUCAAUGAUAGUCCGUCUUGUUUGUUCUUAAUCGCAAAUCUAAACCUUAUCCCAUACGAGUAUCGUGUCCGUGUGAUCAGCAGAAUUUCAACACCCUCCUGAAAGCACCAGCUCUAGGUCGUAGUUUAGUUUUUGGCUCUUCAUUAGCGAACUAUGUCUGCUACUGCUAGUUUUUCUAGUGGGUCCACACCUAACCUAACCUGACCGAACCUAACCUCUUUUGCCAUCCACUGGCGUGUACUUCUCCCGACUACGUUGUAUUCAGUAGUAGAUUUAGUCGUGAUAGCGAUAGGAGAUACUCAUACUCUUCUCGACCUUUUGCUUCGUGCAUCGAAGUGGCGGUUCCGUCUUGUCAGUAGCUGAGGAGGGCUACAUGAGACGCCAUGAUGAUGAGGCGAUGCUUUACUAGGAGUUCUAAUCCACUGCGUGUAACCACUUCCUCUGCUGAGAGCGUUGCGGAAAUGCAUUGUGGCGGGUUUUGCAUGCACGAGAAGGACGUGGAGAAGAAGACGACGCAGUUCUUGGGAGGAAGAUGGAUGAUUAUGAUCACCGCAUUAUGAGUUUGAGCACCGCCAAUGCAUCUGUCGUGCAUUGAUCUUCUUAUAAUCUUCACUAUGUCACUCAGCCUAGCUAAUUAUUGGAAACCUCUGCACACUAGAGGAGCGUUAGGUUUUCUGGAGGACGUUGCGAUCCCGCUGACAGCUAUAAUAUUGAGACCUUUUUCGUUACGUGGUUUCGUAAGCAAUGUAUGCAAGUGCCGGGACGCUUAGAGGCCACUGGAGGUGAAAGGCAGAGCACUAUUGUUACACGUUCUGAUCGCAGUGCUGGGGAGAGCGGAGCUUCAACCCGAGCUGUCACUAGGGGUGGCCGAUCCAUGGGCGCGGCCCGAGAAGGGAGAAGCACAACUACACCGGCAACUUCAAGUGCAACAACAACCUCAUCUAACGACAUUGUCCCACGAUCAUCGAAUCAUAAUCAUGCCCCUCCUAGAGGAACCUUGUCAACAAGGGACGAUGCGAACAAGAUGAGCCUCGAGGAUUCAAAACAUCAAGAUCAAAAUGCACCGUCAUCUUCUUUGUUUCCACCGUCGGCCAAAAAGGUACCAGCGCUUUAUGAUCCGCUCGCGGCGGAUCUGCUCUAUGAAACCGAGGCGCUUUACCUGGACUCCAACAUGGUUUCGCUGAGCAGCAUGCUUUUAAGUCUCUCCGUCGUUAACCCUUUGACGGGAUCCCUGAAAAGUAUCCUUAAGUGCCUCCCUGAAAAGUAUGAUUAGGUGCGUCCUAUUUUAUCCUUCUAUCCAUUCUUCAGGGAUGCAGCUUGAAGAUGAAGUAUGGACGAGAGGUCUAACGUUCUUUUUCGACGCGCGUUUUGAAUCACUCUUUGCUUUAUUGCAACGCUGGCUAGGAGUGCAGUUUCGUUGCGACCGUGCACGCUCGACCGAUCAAGAAAUCAUCUAUCACGUCGAAAUGGAUCCUGCCGUCUUUCAACACAGGAGCGCGAAACUACCUUUCAACACAGAAGCUGCUUCUAUUAUUAAGGCAGGUCGUGGUCCUUUCUCAUUUUCUGGAAACUGGUUAAUAUUUUGAUGUGCGUCUGUUGAUCCGGAGUAGAAUCCUCCUAACGAAAGCGAGUGAGGGACUCCUGAGAAAAAUAAUAAUUUCAUCAAGUACUAGUAGUAAGUAUACUGAAAACUUACAAAGCUAUUCCUUCUAAGUUUCGUAGAGUUGUAUCUAUAUCAAUUAAGUAUCCCUUCUAAGUUUCAUAGAGGUAUAAGUGGCACUGUGCGCAUAAAGACUGCAGAUCCGAGGGAAAAGAGGCCUCCCAACGCCUUCAGAUCUGUUAAGGCUCACCCUAAUUCAUCUUCCGAAGCAUUCUGAAGAGGCUUUGCUUCAAAAGGGGAAACAGAAGGCACCCAGUAUGCUUUUCAAGAUGCUUUUCAAGAUCAAGCUCUAAAUCUGGUGAUCAAGAAAUCACCGUCAUGCAAAUCCCAUGGCAUAUUGUUUCUGGCAGUACUGCACCUGCGGGAUCUUCAGAGAUCACAGAUUCUGUUAAGGCUCGAUACAAUUCAUUUUCACCGGUCAUUUUCUUCUCUUUCCUUCGUUCUCACCCCUAUAAAUACCUCAUGAAUAUUACUAGGUACAUCAAUCACUCAAUCAAUCAAUCACGACUCUGGAGAAAUGAGGGGAAGAAAUUGCCUUGAGUUCUAAUGCUGAAGGGCGACUGCGAUAUGGGAUGAUCGGUCUAAAGUGGGUCGCCACUUUACUUCACGAGAUGGGCCAUGCCUUGCAUAAAUUGGGGACUCCAGAGGAGGACAUUUUUAUCAUGGACCGUGAUAUUUCUGAGUAUCCGUCUACUCUGUUGGAGUUUUUGGCGGAGGAUGAAAAAUUUUUGACCGAACUACUUGCCUGUGCGCCUGAAGAUGAAAUCUUUUUACGGCUGAAGUAGUUGUUGUGUUUUAUUAUCCAGUGUGACAGAGUUAUCCUGAUUGGAGAUGGAGUUCCGUGGUUAGUUUCGAAGCAGAAACUUAUCAGGGUAAUUAUCUUUCAAGAUCUUCAAGGCAUAACUCAAGAACAACCAUGGUGGAUACUAGAACUAGGGAAGCAAGUCGUGCCACCUUCAGUUUGUAAAAAACGCAAUAAAGCAGCCGUUACGCAGAAAGCAUUCGAUUUGAAUGAAAGGUUGAUGAAAAGCUGGACCUACUGGCAGAGGUCUUUCAUCUACGACAAGCUGUACGGAAAAGAUGGCCUAGCGAAAAUUCUAGGGCUUGCGAAUGCGAAUCCGAAGACCACGAUGGCAUCAAGAACGAACAGUUGUCGAACAGAAGAGAGCCUAUCAUCCGGUACCUCCGGUGACAACACGAAGUCAGCGGAUCAGUUACUUGCGUUGAAAAGCAAUAGAGAAGGAGAAGAUGAAAAGCUACUUCCAGGAGCAACCGCUAGGACUAGAAGUUCUCAGGACACUUCGUUAGUAGAGCUACCUUCUGCGAGAAUUCAGAAGAGAAAAGGACUAGUAGAGCAGCAGGAUUCAAGAAGCGUUAGAAAGGACGGAAUGGAGGUUCCUGUAUGUUCUUCUGAUAGAGACAAACAUCAAGCAAUGUGCGACUAUGUAAAUGCUGUAGUUGCCGAGAGCAUGGGCUAUGAAGGGUAUGGGAGCUCAUCAGCCGGAGUUCGUUUAAGGCUCGAAAUAGUUCGUCAUCUUCGCAGACCACUAUGUUCUUGUUGGCUUCGAACAUCAAUAGGGUUAAUAUGGUCAACAGAAGAGAUGCAUUAUAUUCUGAUAAUUCGAGCUCCUCUAAUUUAUUUCGAAGAGGCUACUACUAGUAGCAAGAGGUCUUGUCUACAUCCUCUCGUAUUUCCGCGCGUCCGCGAAUCUUUCGACAGCGUGAGUUUUUAUACUGGUCUAGCCUACAUCUUUCCGCACAUUCGAGCUCGGCAAACGUUGGAGAAAUUUCGAAAGGCGAGGAACAAUCCAGCGAUACUAACGGAAGCUUUCACUUAAGGCUCUCCCAAAGAUAAAUUCAUCCUCAUACUGAUUCUGAUAAGGGUUGUUGUUGUUAACCAAUUACAUCCUCCACAACCAUCCAGCACUCUCUUUCUAGUAGGAAACAGGUGGGGGAUGUUCUGAAGAAUGUAUAAUGUGGCAACCUUUAACAGAAGCAUCUUUGACCACAUUUUCAAGAGGAAGAAGCGUCAAAGAUGCACCUUCAGAUGAGAAUAUUUGGAAGGUGUCUAAUUUACGAGGGACUACUUCGUUUACGGCUCCCCACAGCAUUUCGUUCCGACGCCAGAGGAAAUCCGAAAGCAUUUCUGUUUCGCGGAUGAAGUGGGGAGAUUGUAGUUGUCGUAUUUUUAUUGUGUCUAUGUAUGAGGAUCACGAUCAGUGCAAUUCGUAGUCACUAGUCAGUCAUCCAUGUCCGUCGUAUAUACAAAUGAAAUCUACUCAAAAUUUUUAUGUUACUCAAGCAACCGACUCCAAUACUCAUUGACAAAGAACGCUUUGUGCGAUUCAGCGUACCAGAGACAAGUUAUUAAAUUGGAGAGAGCCAAAGAUGACAGUUACAGAAUUUCCAGAGAUGACUGAAUUGUUAUGAAAUUUGGAGUUAGCUUCGCUACGCGAUCUGUUCCGAGAAC